AUCCAUUACUGGGCCUCCUUCGCCCAGCAGCGUGGCAUCCAGCUGGAGUGCGGCCAGGGCCACAUCUUCACCCGCGGCACGCAGCGGCUGAUUCCUCAGGCCGGCACGGUGAUGCGCCGCCUGAUCUCCGAGUGGAGCAUCGUGCAGAUGGUGAGCGACCUCAGCCUGGUCAAUGUCCACCUGAUGGCCUCCCCCUGUGAGGAGAACGCGGACCAUCGCUUGGACUCCCUGGUCAAGAAGACGCACCUGCUCAGCCUCUCCUCCCUCACCUACCAGCGCCACAGCCUCCGCACGGCCGAGGAGGAGGUUCUGCUGCGGGACGGGGACGACGUGCUCCACACCCAUCAGCUUCACCUGGUGGACCUCCGGGCCUCCUGGACCACCACCAACCGGGACAUCGCCUUCGGCCUCUACGACGGCUACAAGAAGUCCACAGUGCUGAAGCGCAACCUGUCCACCGAGGCCCUGAGGGGGCUGAAGAUCGGCCCCCAGCUGCCCGCCAAGAAGCCCAGGCGGGGCCCUCCCUCUGGCCACCAGCCCCCGCUGCGGGUCAUCGUGCCGGCCAGCAGCGGCCGGACGGAACGAAGCCCAUCUGGAG